AUGCAGGUGCUUGAAGUGAAAGCUUCUCAGUUGGAUGUAAGAUGUUCUUGCUUCGCUGGUCAGUUGCCAAGAAUUGUGAAUCUUCAAGUAACACCGCCACUGGAUGCCAACCUACUUAAUAGUCUGAAACUCGGGCUACUGGGUGAGCAUCAAUUUCUCAAUACUGGUCUUGCUGUUGCUCUAUGCUCUACUUGGCUUCAGAGGACAGGUCAUCAGGACAUAAUCUGUCUGCAACAGAUGAGCAAUUUGCCCGAGCAGUUCAUUAAAGGGCUGACAUCAGCCAGUUUGCAAGGGCGAGAUCAGAUUGUUGCGGAUUGGCUAUUAAACUCUGAAAGUUCAGGAGAACUGGUGUUUUAUUUGGAUGGUGCUCAUAGUCCUGAAAGCAUGGAAGUAUGCGCCAAGUGGUUUUCUCUUGCUGUUAAAGAAGAAAAUGAACCUCAGAACUGGUGUAACCAGCAAGGGGGCGACUCUAAAUCUGCAAAUACAAUGUUAGGCAAUAACUAUGGUAAAAGUUCCGGAAAAAUCUCCACACAGACUGAUUUCUGUAUAGCUUCGCCAUACUUACCCACUGAUAUUGAGAAACUAGAACUUAUCGAUGGUCAUACAAGCUUAGCUAGUAAGUCUCUAGGAGUGCACUUCAAGAAGGCGCCUUUUGUACCGAACAUAUCUGUAUAUUACAAGGUCGGGUCACAUGCUCUACCUCCAAGCAAUUCUCAAGUUGAUUUGUCGUGGCAGCUUGCUCUGCAAAGAGUUUGGGAGAACCUUAUCCAAGAAGGCGAGGACAAGAACAUAGAUGUCGCUGGUGAUGAAGUUAGGGAUGAUACAGAAGCUUGCAUUAAAAGUUGUGAGAAUAGUGCUGUGUUUUCUUCUCUUCCAUUAGCUAUUAAGUGGCUGAGGGACAAUGCGCAACAGAAUCGCUCAGUGCGGUUUCAGGUUCUUGUGACUGGUUCUUUACAUCUCAUGGGUGACGUGUUGAGACUUGUUAAAAGGUGA